UCUACAAUAAUAUAUCCUUAAGAAUGAGAAAGAUUGUGAGAAUAUGUCAGAUUCCGUGAUACAAUACUUUUGUAAAUAUUAGAGAAUCACGAGAUUCCUAAACUAUUGUAGUCAUUAAAAAUCCACGUAAAUCAAGAUUGAAUAAAUUCCACUUAGGGUUUUUGUUUUUAUGCUGAAUAAAAUAAUUGUGGGCUGUAACAUAUAUUGGGCCAAACGAAAAUAAUUAGUAUUAUGGGCCAACAAACAUAAGUUUAAAUGAAAGCCCAUACAUAUUAAAAUCAAUUAGGGUUUUUAAUGUUAAACAUGGCGGCCGACCUUCUUCUUCUUCCUUAAGACAACACAUAAUGAUAGAAGCAAACUGGGGAAGAUGAAGAUGGAGUGGUGAAGAACAAAACCGUAUAACCGUUCGGUUCAGAGGUGCCGAACCGAACCGACCCGUAAACCGAAAUCCUCAAAAGAAAUUGCCGAUCGGUUUGCUACUGUUCAAAACCUCGGUGCCGAGAACCGAAACUGUCGGUUUUUUCGGUUCGGGUUUCUCGGUUUCUUCCGAACUCCCAGGCCUAGUUUGGUUUUAUUUUUCACGAGUUUUGCUUCUCUUUUCAUCGGCGACGACGACGUCGAGUUUCUGUCAAAACGUUAACGAUCCGACUCGAGCGUCGACAGUAAGAGAAGAAGACAGCGAUUGUGUGUAGAUCGACGGCGAACGUGUGUCGAUCCGUCUCGAUCGACGGAGAAUACGUUUCGAUCCGGUUUCGAUCCAAAUCGGAGAGUUUGAGGAUCUAAAUCGGAAAUUGCAUUAAUACUCAUCUCCAAUCUCUUCUGAAGAGUCCGAAUCCGAUCUACCACCACUACUCGUACCGCCGGUCAUUUACUGCCGCCGAUUUCAAAUUAUCCGAUCAUUUCCGGCGAUAUCCAAUCGCAGACUGAGGUGAAUCUGGGGUUUUGAUCAGCGAUUAUCUUUGUCACUCUUUGAAAAUGGCUGUUGUUGCUUCUGCUCCUGGGAAAGUUUUGAUGACUGGAGGCUACCUUGUACUCGAGAAGCCAAAUGCAGGGCUUGUGUUGAGUACAAAUGCACGGUUUUACGCGAUUGUGAAGCCAAUCAACGAAGAAGUCAAGCCUGAAAGUUGGGCAUGGAAAUGGACAGAUGUCAAAUUAACAUCACCACAGCUCUCGAGAGAAAGCAUGUAUAAACUGUCACUGAAUCAUUUGACUCUUCAGUCUGUGUCUGCAAGUGAUUCAAGAAACCCCUUUGUAGAGCAUGCGAUACAGUAUGCUAUAGCUGCUGCUCAUUUGGCAACCGAGAAGGACAAAGAAUCAUUGCACAAACUCUUAUUGCAAGGUCUUGAUAUAACAAUAUUAGGCUCCAAUGACUUUUACUCAUAUCGGAACCAGAUAGAAUCGGCUGGGCUUCCAUUGACACCAGAAUCGCUGGGUACCCUUGCACCGUUUGCAUCAAUCACAUUCAAUGCUGCGGAGUCAAAUGGUGCUAAUUCCAAGCCUGAAGUAGCAAAAACUGGCUUAGGUUCUUCUGCAGCAAUGACAACAGCUGUGGUUGCAGCUCUGUUACAUUAUCUUGGAGUGGUUGACCUAUCUGAUCCAUGUAAAGAAGGAAAGUUUGGCUGUUCUGAUCUAGAUGUUAUCCAUAUGAUAGCACAAACGUCUCAUUGUCUUGCACAAGGGAAGGUCGGAAGUGGGUUUGAUGUCAGCUGUGCUGUCUAUGGAAGUCAGCGUUAUGUUCGCUUCUCUCCAGAAGUCUUGUCAUUUGCUCAGGUUGCAGUAACAGGUCUGCCAUUAAAUGAAGUUAUUGGUACAAUUUUGAAGGGAAAAUGGGACAAUAAGAGAACUGAGUUCUCUUUACCACCACUGAUGAAUCUUUUCCUUGGAGAACCUGGAAGUGGUGGAUCCUCCACACCAUCAAUGGUAGGUGCAGUAAAGAAGUGGCAAAUGUCUGAUCCAGAGAAGGCACGAGAAAACUGGCAGAAUUUGUCAGAUGCAAAUUUAGAACUGGAAACUAAGCUAAACGAUCUGAGCAAAUUAGCUAAAGACCACUGGGAUGUUUAUCUACGAGUCAUUAAGUCUUGUAGUGUGCUUACUUCUGAAAAGUGGGUGUUACAUGCUACUGAACCAAUCAACGAAGCCAUUAUUAAAGAACUCUUAGAGGCAAGAGAAGCUAUGUUGAGGAUCAGAAUUCUUAUGCGUCAGAUGGGUGAGGCGGCUAGCGUUCCGAUAGAGCCUGAAUCUCAAACUCAACUUUUGGAUUCUACAAUGAGUGCUGAAGGAGUUCUACUUGCUGGUGUUCCUGGAGCUGGUGGAUUUGAUGCCAUAUUUGCAAUCACUUUAGGGGAUUCCGGCACCAAACUGACCCAGGCAUGGAGUUCGCACAAUGUUUUGGCCUUGUUGGUGAGAGAAGAUCCACAUGGCGUUUGCCUAGAAAGUGGUGAUCCACGAACCACAUGUAUUACUUCAGGCGUUUCAUCAAUUCACCUUGAGUAAACAACAUUGUUUCAGUGUCCAAUUAUUAGGUGCGUCACCAAGUUCGGUUGAGUAUACUGUUUUGCAUAUAGACUUGGGUGCUAAAUUUCUUGGUGUAAGCAUUUUUAUACCCAUUGUAAGGUCUUUAACUCUUGGAAAACUUGCGGGAAAAUAAAAUAAAGUUGAUUUCAAAUCUUCUCAUUUGUGUUUGUUCCAUUCAUUUGUGGAUUUAAACCUACCAAUAAUCUUUACAAGAACAAGUUCCACCUUUAAACAGGUGAAACCUGUUUCUGUCUCUUACAACAAUCUCUCUUUCGUAGAUCAUGGAGAUUUUCUUUGUAUAUGUGUGACAGUCACUACACAUCCUCAGGUUUCUAGCUAUUUUAAUGAUAGACCCUGGAGGUGUAUACAAUAGUCCAAAGGCAAUAGCCACCUUUUGGCUGUGUCCUUUUAAUCUCUCUUUCUUUUCUUCUUCAUCUACGUUUAGCAAUAUCUGUGUCAAGUCUGGUGAAUAUCCUUCGAAUUUUAGUUGCCAUUCCAUCUGGUGUAGCAUCUUGUAGAUUUCUUUGCAUUUUGGGUGCGAUCGAUCUUGUGAAACGAACCUGUGGGUUUUACCUUUUAGCUCGACGAUGCUAAAACCCGGGGUUUGUUUCAAACCCUUGAUAGCGAUUUCUGUUCGAGUUCUGGCUACAUCAUCCCACAUUUGACCUUGUGAAUACAAGUUAGAGAUCAGCAAAUAGUCACCUGGGUUGUGUGAGCUUAGCUUAAGCAGUUCUUGAGCUGCUAUUUGGCCUAGCUCAAUGUUCUGACGAACUCUGCAUUGACUUAAGAAGGUUCUCCAGAUAACAUCAUUUUUCUCAAUUGGUAUGCUUUGGAUAGUCUCCAAUGCUUCCUCGAGCAAUCCGGCUCUUCCCAGAAGAUCUACAAGACAGCCGUAAUGCUCAGCCGUUGGCUCCACCUUACCUUCCUUUAACAUUUCUGCGAAGACUCGACGACCUUCUUUAACAAGACCAGAGUGACUACAUGCAUUGAGAACACUGACAUACACAACAUGAUCUGGUUCUAAACCUUCUUUGAUCAUCUUAGAGAACAUUCUUAAAGCUGAUUCUCCUUCUCCGUGCAACGCAAGUCCUGAGAUCAUUGCACUGUAAGUCAAAUUAUUCCUCUUUUCCAUCUUCUGAAAUAUAUGCAACGCUUUGUCUAAGCACCCGCAUUUAACGUACAUAUCUACUAGUGAAGUUUGGACUAUUAUGUUGAGUUCGCUUAUGUUUCUCAACAGGAAGCCAUGGAUGCUCAUUCCUAGAUUGAGUGCACCGGUGUUGGCACAAGCUAAGAGAGCACUAACCAUUCCACUUUCUUCCGCCUUCAAAUUCGUUUCGCUACACAUUCCACGGAAUAGUAACAAGCAUUCGCUCCACAUUCCCAUGCCUGCACGAGCAGAGACCAUCGAGCUCCACGACGCAGCUGUUUUAGAUUCCAGUUUCUCAAAAACCGCAGAAGAAAGUUCCAUCUCUCCACAUCUUCCAUACAUAUUGAUCAAACUAUUCUGAACAAACACGUCAGCUUCAAGACCGAGCUUAAACACUUGCCCAUGAAUCUGCUUCCCUUCUCGAAUUGACUUCAAACGAGUGCAAGCCUUGAGAAGACACGGGUACGUGAAAUUAUCUGGCUCAUUCCCUCUCUGCAUCAUCUCAUUGUAAAAACACAAUGCUUCCUCGAAACUCAUUACGUUAACAUACCCUCUAAUCAUUGUAUUGAAAUCAAAGGUACAAGGAUCAUCUAUGCCUCUGAAUAUGGAAGCUGCGUAAUUCAUACUGUUCUCCCAUCCCGAGUGAGCGCAUUUUGCGAGAACGCUGCUGGCUGAGAAUGAAGAAGAAUAGAACAAACUUAGCUUGAUGAAUCUGGCGUGAACUUGCUUGAACUCGUCUAUGUUGUGGCAUCUCUUCAAGAGGUAUAAACAUUCUUGCUCUUUCCCUCCAAAGUUGUUGACUUCUGGGUUAUGAGUUAAAUCGUCUCUAGAAGCCAAUAGAGACUGUAGAAUUGGUGCCUUGAUCAUCCUCUCCUCAUAACCAUUAAGAAACUAGGGAUUUUGGUGUCCGAAAAUGUCAAAUUCUGGAAUCUAUGAUUAUAUAAGAAAGAUUUGAAAGUUUUUAAUGAGGGUUUUUGAAUCUCAUCCCUCGAGAUUUUCAUGGAAAAUAUGAGCCACAAGUAAAAGUAUUUGAAGGUUCUGAUAAGUUUGUGAUUAGUGAGAGAGAAAAGAGAGUGGGG